UCGGACAGGUUAUAUUCGUGUGGAGUGAGUGUACGUGGACCUGUUGGAAACAACACGGUACGUAUAGUGCGUACUGAAGACAGCCGAGGGUGAGGACGUGCAGAUCUCUUGUCCUACUACAUACUGUGUGGAGUAUGGUGUUACAGUGACAUACUACUGGAUUACAUACUGUACCCAUUGGGAGUCGCGAGUCCUGGUCGAAUACAAUCACAAUUUCAAGAACCAAACUUAUACGCUACCCAAGUGUACCAGCCAAGUGACCACCAAUCAGCCAGUUAAGCAGCAGGGUGAGCCAAGUCAGUUAUGCUGGAGGAGGAGGAUGAUAGUCGCUCGAGUAGCAGUGAGGAGCAGGAGGUGGAGCGUGAGGACGUCCACGCCUUCCUCAAGAGCUUCUAUCCGGUCGUGGACGACGACGACGACGACACCAUCGCCAGAAACGUUCAGGCUAGAAGUACUAGCAGCAGCAGGAGGGCUUGGAGGAGUGGAGACUCAGCACAGCGCUGGCCCACCACCACCACCGACUACUGGGCGACAAGCGAGAGAUACCAAACAAGUGGGGAGACUCUCCACCACGCCACACCUCGUCUUCUUGUCAGCACCUUGGCUGAAUUUCCGGAUCUCAGUGCCAGCCUCCAAGAGCUCGAGUAUGAAAAACUACUUGAGCCUUCAAGUGUGGAAGAAACUAUUUCAAACAAUGGGGAAAUAUUUUCCUUUAAUGGGACUCUUGUAAAGUUGAAGCCUCAAAUCGGUAUCUGCUCUGCCUACUCAAAAUCAAAGAAAUGUAAAAAAAAUUCUUGCAAUGAUGUACAUAUUUGCCCAAAGUUUGUUAAGGAUGGAUGCAGUGCCAAAAACUGUAAGCUGAGUCACAGCUGGUGCACAGAUCAUAACAAGUAUGUUCUGUCGCGUCUGUUCCUCGAGCACCUCAUGUUUAUUACACUUCAGAAGAUCUUCAGAUCAUCCAUGAAGAAAACCUUAGAGACUGUGGACCAAGUUGACCAACUGGAUGUGUGCCACGGCUACAUUAGCAAAGGCUGCGAUCUCUCUGACUGUGAGGCUCUCCAUGUGUGUCUCAGCAUCCUGGUGGGACUCCAAAAAUGCCCUCGUGAUUGUCAACUAAACCACGACCUUCUGAGUCCUGACUGUAGUAGGCUGCUGAGGGCUCAUGGCCUGUCGACCAACGAGGCUCCGCGGGACAUUGUGAUGGCUCUACUAACCCACAACCCCACUCUCGCCCAGUAUCUACUGGAUAAUAAAACUUUUGACACUACGUGGGUUGAAGAAGUAAUGAAGAAAAGGCAAAGCAAUUCUCAGAGCACCAAGCUGGAUGACUGCACUGAGAACAAGAAUCCUAAGGAUGCAACGGACAGUUGCAACAAAGACGAAGAUAGCUGGGCAUCACAAAAGGACACUGAACACUGGCAAAGGUCUCCCUCCAGUUUCCCCGGCCAGCCCCAGCAGCAGUGGUCUCGCUCUCGAGGCUCUCGAGACCAGGAAGAGGAUAACUGGCGGCGUCAUUCUGGUUGUAAUGAGCCCCCAAGAUACAACUGGAAUGGACUUUAUUCUUAUAAAAACACUCAGUAUGAUGAAGAUAUGGAAAGUGUUCAGCUCACCCCUCGCCUUCUUGUUGAUUACUUGGUAGGAUACCCAAAAUUUUCUGCAAAUUUACUUGAACUUUUGGAAGAUAAGGAUCUCUUUCCAACGAAUGUGCAAAAUAUAGCAUUAAAGUACAAGAAAACUUUUUCAUUAAACAACGGUGUUGUAGAGCUUAAACCCCAAGUUAAGAUCUGUGCAGCUCACUCAAGCCCUCAGGGGUGCUGGGAGGGUUCUUUAUGCACUGCUUUGCAUAUAUGUCCUGGUUAUGUCACAAACUCCUGCCCUGACAAGAUGUGUACUCUGGGUCACAAAUGGCUAGAUAAACACAAUAAGGGUAUUCUUCAGCUACUCUUUAUAGACUGGCUUCCUUCCCGAAUACUUGCCAAGCUCCUACAACCAGAAAAGAAGAGUUUCCAAUCUGUAGGCCGGCUGAAUGUUUGUCGUGGCUACAAUGAAGGAUUCUGCAACCGGUCUGACUGUGGGGCUCUUCAUGUGUGUAUGAGCUUCGUAUUAGGGCUCUCAAAAUGUUCUGUUGAUGACUGUCAACUGAACCACAACCUACAGAGGCCUGACUGCUGCCAGCUGCUGAGAGCACAUGGUCUCCCUACAAAUGAGCGCCAACGUAACAUUGUGGUGGCUCUAAUCUCUGCCAACCCCUCCCUCUCCCGGGAACAGCAGUCCGCAGAUGUGCAGGACAAAAAGAACAAGGUAAAAGUGUAUCUGCUAAAAAAUGAAAAUAAAAUUGAAAGAAAAACUGAUAAAAACACUGGCAAAGGAAAACACAAGGCUUCAGUAGAAAAUUAUACUCGAAACCCAGAUAAGUUGAAUGCCAAUAAGGAAGACACAUCCACUGAAACUAAAUGUUUUUCUGAUGAAAGUAAAAACCAACACAGCAUACUGACAAACAAAGGACACAUCUCAUGCAAUAAAGAAGACCAUAAUCAGUCUUCAAAAUCAGGCAAGCAUGUAUCAUUGUUGAAGGAUAAUGCUAAAUUAUCACUUCACAAUGCUGUAGAUGCUACCAAAACAAAAAGUACCAAGAUCAUCCAUGCAACAAUUUGGUCACACAAUUUAGAAGGCAAUGUUCCAAUACCAGAAAUUUGUUACUACUCUGUAAAGGAGUUGUGCAAGUAUGAGGGAAGUGGUUGCCAGCGACUUCACUCAACACGACACUUCCACUGGCAAGUCAGUGUACAAGGAAGUAGAUGGUUGAACCUAGGUCUGAGCCAAGUAAUUUGUCUGGAGAAGGCUUACUGUGACCCUUCCCAUGAAGGUGUAGAUCUUCCUCAGCAUGAUGCAGCCUCCCUUGACAUGUGUAUUAGGGGUCUUCAUAUCCUGAUGGGUCAAGAAACUUGGCAUGCAAAUUUCAGAGAGAUGAUCUUAACUAACUCGUUGAAAACAACGACCCUGCACAUCCGCCGGCUUUGUACAGAGGCAGUGUCUGGUCAAAUAAUAAAACCUUCCUGCUAUGUCUGGUAUUUUCUGGAUAAUUACAACAGUUGGAUUCCGUAUGGCAAAGCAGAUACUUCAGGGCAAACACACUUUGUGAGUAAUAUAACUUCAGAUCACAUCGAGAAUCACUACCUUCAGAACCCAUCUGUUCCUCUUAUUUUCAAAAACUCAAAAUUCGCAUACAUUUUAAACUUUACCAAGAUGGUACAAAUAAAUAAGAUGACUAAGACAUCUCGUCCUGUGAUCCGGCGCCCUGAAGCGCAUCUUCCACCUGAAAUGGUCACCGACCAAAACAUGCCCAAUAACCCUCCAUCACACUGGGACGCUAUGCAGCCAGGAGAACAAGUGCGUCUAGUGACACUGUCUUCCUUGUCUACUGAAUACCAAACUGUCGUGAAACUACUUUCAAGCAAAAUACCCACCUCCAGUUUGGUAGAAAUAAAGCGAAUUCAGAAUCCUUGUUUAUGGCAAGCAUUUCAAAACAAAGUAAAACAAAUGGUGAUUACGUAUGGAAGCGACACGAAAGUAGACCUUCGACAGUUGUUUCACGACACACGCCCUGAAGUUGUGGCCACUAUCUGUCAUGAGAAUUUCGAUUGGCGACUACGUGAGUCCAAAAUAGGUAGACUUGGUCGGGGAUCUUAUUUCUCAACAAAUGCUAAUUAUUCUUAUAAGUUCUGUAGUGCUGAUAGCGAUGGCAAGAAGUAUCUGAUUAUGGCACUAGUGGCCGUAGGGUGUGUGACACCAGGUAGAAUUCUUAUGACCGAGCCACCAAUAAACUAUGCCACUGGCCUGCCGUUUGACUCAUACGUCAACAAUGAAGCCAAUCCUUCCAUUAUUGUCAAGCAUGAUAAACGAGACUGUUAUCCUGACUAUAUAAUUGUGCUAAAGUGAAUCAGUAAGUGUACUUAGGAAUUAAAAUGUAUACAUUUAUGAAAAAAUAAUAACCUUUAUUCGCCACAUAUGUAAUUACUAUAUCAUAGAACAGAUUGUCUCCUGUGGCAAAAUUAUAUGAAUGCUUUGUCUAUUUUCAUAAGAGUGUGUAUGUGUUGCUUCUUGAUGGGCAAGCAGUUUGAAGCAUCACUAACUGAGGCCAAGUUUGAGCUCUUGUGAGGCAUUGUGGAGAUGACCUGGUAAUGGUGAAUGGUCACGUUAAAUGUGUGGACAUCCCCAGGGAGCUGGCGGCUGAGCAGACAGAACACUGGGCGCGUGAUCCUGUGGUCCCGGGUUCAAUCCCGGGCGCCGGAGAGAAACAAUGGGCAGAAUUUCUUUCACCCUGAUGCUCCAGUUGCCUAGCAGUAAAUAGAUACCUGGGAGUUAGUCAACUGUCACGGGCUGCUUCCUGGGGGUGAAGGCCUGGUCGAGGACCGGGCCGCGGGGACACUAAACCCCGAAAUCAUCUGAAGAUAACCUCAAGAAGAUCCCUUGUAUAGUAGACAUUCUUGUUUGGGCUGAUGUUUGUGGUUUUGUGUGUUACAUUUGUUAUAAGCUGUGGUGGCGAGUAAGGAUUUUAAAUUGUGAAGGUUAUUAACUGUGAUGAUGAGAGAUGAUCACUUUGAAUGACGUAGUAAGGUAAUUAGUUGUGGUGAUGGAUGAAGAUUUUGAAUUGUGAAGUGUAGCUGUUGACUGUGGUAGUAAAUGGCUAGGGCUUUGAAGAAUGUAAUUCCUCAAAAGGUUUAGCUGUCUAAACAUUGUAACAUUUUCCUGAGAUAAUGUUCAAUCGCUUUCACUAAUUUGAAUUUAUGUAUCUUUUGUCAUCUUACAAAACACUUCAUGAAUGUCCAGUGUUUAAUAUUAGCCAUGAAACAUUCUUCAAGUUGUUGUAUAUUCACUUUAAACAAUUCAUUACACUCGGUUAUUAUAUUUUUACCGCACCAACUAUUCUUAUUGUUGUUCUAUUCUAAUACAUAUUAUUUUACA